AUGGGACCACCGCUUCCCCUCCUGGUGGUGGCGCUGGCCGGUUGCUUGCAUCCGGUCCGGAGCUGUAUCAUCUGUGAGCCCUCGGUAGUGACAGAGCUGAAAAACUUGGAAACUGAUUACCUGCCAGAACACCUGCCGCCCGAGGCUCAGAAGGACGUGAUGAAAAGGGUGGAGGAUGCCGUGCAAGAUUUCAAGAAACUGCCGAUUGACGAUGAAACCUAUAUGGGGGCCGUUGAUGAGCCCACGCUGCACAAGGCAUCUUGGAGUUUUCUGACCGAUCUGAAACGGAUCAUGGAUACUGGGGUGAAAGGGGAACUCCUGGUGAAGGAGCUGUUCUGGAUGCUGCACCAGCAAAAGGAGAGCUUCGCCCGGUUGUCCGCUCAGUUCCUGAGAGAAUUUUACUGUCCCAAUAAAUGCGGUUUGAUGUUGCAGACUCUGAUCUGGUGCAACGCCUGCGAGAAACAGGUCCAUGCUUGCCGGAAGUCCAAGGAUUGUGGGGAGCGCCAAGUCGAGAUCUACGAGAUGGAAGACAUGGUCCUGGACUGUGAACUCAACUGGCAUCGCGCCUCUCAAGGCCUCACGGAUUACAGUUUUUACAGGGUUUGGGAGAACAAGACCGAGUCCUUGGUGUCCAAGGGCAAAGAGCCCACCCUGGCCAAGCCCAUGGUGGGUCCAGAGGAUGAAGGCACCUACCGCUGCGAGCUGGGCACCGUGAAAAAAAGCCCAGCCACCAUCAUGCAUUUUCAUGUCAAAGUUUUGCCUAAAAAGAUCGAGGGGGAAACACAGCUAGCGAACACCACAGCUCCUGCUGACGGGGCCCCGGAUGAGACAACCAUAGUCUUGGAGCAGCCGAGCCCCGACAAGACACUGAAACGCCAUCUCAUCUGGCUUCUGAUCUCUGGAGUUGCCUUGGUGACAGUCGGCAUUGGGGCCGUGUGA